UGUCACUUGAGUUUCUGAAUUGUAGCGAUGAAGUUCAAUUUGUUGGUUCUCUUUGUGGUGCUUUCUGCUUUCGUUGGCUCGUCAGUGGCUUUUAAAAAUCCGGAAUGCGGUGAGCCACAUUCGGCAGAUGGUUCUAACGGAGCUCACUGUAUGGCGUACUUUCCAGGCUGGAGCUAUAAUGCAGAUGCCAAGGAAUGCGUUAGUUUUGUCUAUGGAGGAUGUGGAGGUAACAACAAUCGGUUUGGUUCCAAAGAAACUUGCGAGAAAACUUGCGUGGAGUAACUACUAUUUGAAUUUCACACGAAAAAUAUUGAAAAUAUAAUGCACAAAUAGGUGUAAAUAAAAUCUCAUAGCAAA